CUGCCGUAUGCGCCGAGAGUGCUGCGCCGUGAGCUUCCUGCGUGGUGGAGCGGAGGGGAGCGCGGGUGAAGCCGGAAGCCGGGCCAUGGAUUCUGUGACAUUUGAGGAUGUUGCUGUUAACUUCACCCAGGAAGAAUGGACUUUGCUGGAUCCUUCUCAGAAGAAUCUCUACAGAGAUGUGAUGCUGGAAAUCUGCAAGAACUUCAUUUUUAUAGGAAACAGUUGUGAAGAUAAGAAUAUUAAAGACCAUUAUAAAAGUUCUGGAAAAAGUCUAAGAAGUUCCACAUUCGAGACAUUCUGUGAGCAUAAAGAAGAUCAUCAGGAUGGAGAAACUUUCAGUUGGAUAGCAGAUGCCAAUAUGAUCAUGAAAAUUUCUAGUGACCUAACACCAUGUGAAAACAUUUUGUGUGGGCAGGUUUCCAUGUGUCAUUCACUCUUCAAUAACCAUCGUACCUCUCACUCUCAGUGCAAACCAAAUGAGCAUGAGGAGUAUGGAAACGAGCCACAGUACUCUAAUGCUCUCACAAGCUGUCAAAGAUAUAUGAGAACUCACACUGUGAAUGGACCAUUUGAAAAUAAGUCAUUUUUAAAUUAUUUUGAUUUCCAACAUUCACUGGUAAUAGAUCAAGAAACACACAGUGCAGAAAGCCUCCAUCAAUACAAAGAAUAUAGAAAAGCCUCUGCUGAUGGCAGUUCACUUCAUACAGCUGGAGCAAUUCAAACUGUAAGAACACAUUAUCAAUGUAAUAUAUGUGGGAAACAUCUGAGGUCUUCCAUUUCUCUUCGAAGACAUGAAAAACUUCAUAGUGUUGAAAAACGCUGCGAAUGUAAACAAUGUGGUAAAGCCUUUAGAUAUAAUAGUCAUCUUCAAAGACAUAUAAGAACACAUACUGGAGAGAAACCCUAUGAUUGUAAACAUUGUGGUAAAGCCUUUAGACAAUACAGUUUCCUUCAACUACAUGAAAAAUAUCAUACUGGAGAAAAACUAUAUGAAUGUAAAGAAUGUGGUAAAGCCUUUUCACAAUACAGAUACAUUCAAAUACAUGAAAAGAUUCAUACUGGAGAGAAACCCUACACAUGUAAACAAUGUGGUAAGACCUUUACAUUUUUUAGAUCCUUACAGUUACAUGAAAAAAGACAUACUGGAGUAAAACCCUAUGAAUGUAAACAAUGUGGUAAAACCUUUAUAUGUAAUAGUGAUCUUCAAAGACAUGAGAAAACACAUACUGGAGAGAAACCCUAUGUAUGUAAACAAUGUGGUAAGGCCUUUACAUUUUCUAGAUCCUUACAGUUACAUGAAAGAAGACAUGCUGGAGAAAAACCAUAUGAAUGUAAACAAUGUUGUAAAACCUUUAUAUGUAAUAGUGAUCUUCAAAGACAUAAGAAAACACAUACUUCAGAGAAACCCUAUGCAUGUACACAAUGUGGUAAAGCCUUUACACAAUACAGUGUCCUUCAAGUACAUGAAACAUUUCAUACUGGAGAAAAAUCAUAUGAAUGUAAACAAUGUGAUAAAGCCUUUAGGUAUCACAGUCGUCUUCAACGGCAUGAAAAAACACAUAGUGGAGAAAAACCUUAUGCAUGUAAACAAUGUGGUAAAGCCUUUAGGUAUCACAGUCGUCUUCAACGGCAUGAAAAAACGCAUACUGGAGAAAAACCCUAUGCAUGUAAACAAUGUGGUAAAGCCUUUGCACAAUGCAGGUACCUUCAAGCACAUGAAAAAAUUCAUACUGGAGAAAAACCGUAUGAAUGUAAACAAUGUGAUAAAGCCUUUAGUCGUAAUUGUAAUCUUCAAAGACAUGAAAAACACACUGGAGAGGAACCCUAUGCAUGUAAACAACGUGAAAAAGCCUUUAGGCAGUCCAGUCACCUUCAUGUACAUGAAAAAGUUCAGACUGGAGAACAAUCAUAUGAUAAACAAUGUUUAGGUAAAGCCUUUAGUUGUCACAGUUCUCUUCAGUUACAUGAAAAAAAAAGUCAUACUGGAGAAAAACCCUAUGAAUGUAAACAGUGUGGUAAAGACUUCAGAUGUCACCGAGAUGUUCAAAGACAUGUGAAGUCAUACUAGACAAAACCCCAUGUAUAGGAACAGUGUGGAAAAGCAUUUAGAAGUCACAGUCACCUUUACAUGAAAGAAUUCAUAUUUCAGCAAACCUAGGAAUGCAAACAAGGUGGUAAGCCUUCAGAUGUAACAGUUAUCUUCCUUUAUGUGAAAAUUCUUGUUAGACCAAAACCCAAUGAGUGAAAGCAAUGUAAAUCUCACCUAUGAUACAUUUAUCUUAAGUUACAUGAAAAAAUACUGGGGAAAAACCCUGUCAAUGCAAAGAAUGUGGGAAUCUACAUUUCAUAGUUCCUUACAAUUAAAAAAGGAAAUUGUGAGAACCCUGUGAAUGUGAACAAUGCCUGUAGUUGUUUAACUUCCUAAAUUACAUGGUAGAGCAGUCUCACCCCACAGUGUUCUUUCCAUGACAAAAACUCAUUGGAGAAAAUUCCUAGAAAUGUAAAAUCCAAGUGUUAAUGUUUUAUAAGCAUUCACUUCCAUUAUAAGAACUCACGCUCAAACCUCUAAGAAUAUAAAGAACAGGGGCAAGGAUUAAGCUGCCACAGUUCCCAACAGCAACAGUGUUGUGUGAGCUUUUCCUUGGGAGACCUGAGCAAAUGUCUCCUCACCUGAGAUUGGACUUUCUACCAAAGUCUAAUUAAGUGAACCAAAGAUUUUACUGGGGUUACUUCUAGGAGCAUGGACAACCACAGCUACAUCAUCAAAAAGUCAAUCCAGCCUAAAUGAUGACUCUAGAUGCUACAGUGCUGGUGAUUUCUACACAAAUGGCAGGCAGCUUGGUUGGUGAUUAAAAAAAAUAUUUUUAUUUUAUGUGUAUGUGUGUAUUGCCUGCAUGUAUGUGAGUGCACCUGUGUCAUGCAGUGCUGCAUAGGUCAGAAGAGGGCUUCAGA